AUGGGGCACAAUCAUCAGGACAUACACAAAUCUGACAAGAUUUGCAGUUCUUACGGAUACCAGUUGUUGACAGCAAAGUUCGGUGCUGAAAGCUAUUUGCUCUGUCUGAAGAUGCAGAAGAUAGAAUCUAUGCCCCUAACAUCAAACCAAGCAACCUUGCUGUUAGACCCUGAACCUGACGACACGCACUCUGGCACCAAGUAUCCCUUAACAAAUAUCAAAAUGGCGUACGGAUUCCCUGUUGAGGAUCCAAAGAGCGGGUCAGCUGAAGGUUAUAUUGGGGAGGAUCAUCAGUUCUACGGGGUUUUAUAUAUAGGCAAUCGGAUUUUACACGCAGACCAUUAUGGAGGAGAUGACCCGAAGAAAGAUUUUGGUGUUUUUGAGAACGACAACAUGGCGGCACCGAUACGACCGCGCCGGCAUCAAGCUCAGGACCUCCGUCUUCCCCCCGACUUCCCCUUCCGCAUCCAAGCGCAGCAGAAGAAGUCCGGCUGCGCGCGCGCACGCAUCUGCGACCUGCUGCUGUUAGCUGACAAAGAGUUCUUUCAGAAAGACGCCAACUCGAGCCUCCAUCAGGUUGUGCAGAGAAUGAUGCACGCGGUGGCUCAGUCUGACCUUGUAUUCAGGAAUGCCGAUUUUGAUGAGGAUGGUAUGCCUGACAAUAUAGGUUUCUCAGUGAAAUACAUUUUGGUUCUGACUUCCCGUGAAACCAACAACCGAGUUUUCGGCGACAUAGUCGAUCACCGAGCAGUGGACGGGAGGAACUAUCUCAUGCGGUUCUCACGACUGAGACGUCUGUCCGAAGUCUGUCUCGGUGUCGCGUUCUCUGGGCACAUGUUUAUGAACAGGACGCUUGGAUUAAGCUUCACAUCCCUCGGCGGGGGUAUGGGCGGCUCAGCCGGGGGUAUCUGCGACCGGAGAGCGUAUGGAAAGUCGUUUAACACCCUCGCGUUAGCACACGCUACCCAGGAACUGAAGGAGAGAGUGCCAGAGAGAGUGGCCGCGCUCACUCUUACGCAUGAGUUGGGUCACAGUUUUGGCGCACACCACGACGAACAUUACCCCAACCCUGAUUGUCGCGGUUACGUCAUGGGGUCGCAGACCUCCGUGACGAAUGCCUCGCAUCGCUCCGAGUUCUCAAUGUGCAGCAAACGGCUGAUAUCGGACACUCUGAGCAGCAUGAGUUACUGCCUGUCGGAGAUAGAUCGGCCUUACUGUGGGAAUGGUAUAAUAGAAGAGGGAGAAACCUGCGACUGUGGCAUGCCCUUUCUCUGCCACCAAAGAGAUCCUUGUUGCACGCCGCGAGCGGGCGGCGCCCUUGUGUUUGAGGAAGGUGCACUUCACAAAGAAGGCUGCUCAGUGGCGCCGUCAGCAGUCUGCCACCCCGCUCAGGGUCUCUGCUGUACCUCAGAAUGCACGUAUGCAAACCUUACUAGGAGUGGAAUUGAUUGCCCAAGUCAAGACAUGAAAUGCACCUGCAAGCACGUGAUGGCGUCGUGCCGGUGCGGGCUGGGCGGGCGCUGUCUGCCGGACCGCAGUUGUCACGCGGCGGAGUGCGCCAUCUUGGGCCUCCGGGAGUGCCCCUGCCCUCCUAAUGGACCAGGUGGCGUGAUAAGCAAAAACAAGAAGUGCGGCGUGUGUUGCAAGCUGAAGAACGAAGAGCGAUGCGUGGGCGCAGAGUUCGCGGCGAAGGAACUGAUGGCUGCCUUCAGACUGCCUGACGACUGGCCCGGGUUUCACAAAGGGCCGAGUGUGACAUUGGAGUUGUGCGAGGUGGACAACAGUACGGUGUGCAGAAGCGUACAGAUCCGCGCCUGGUCGCCAGGGGAAGUGUGCGUCACACUCAACACCGUAGGCGUGUGCUCCCCGCGCGGCACUUGCAAGAGCGUCGUGACCACGCCCACUUCGAAUGUGUACCCUGACAUUAUGGUAAGCUUACCGAAGCGAAGCUCUCGCGAAGUGUGACGAAUCCAAAACUGUGGGAGAGUUUGAGGGAGGCCUUUGCCCGAAAAUGGAAUGGACUAAUAAAAAAAAACCAGGCUAAAAUUAAGUAAACCAACCCUAAUACCCUGUCCGUUUUUACAGCAGGUGUCAGCCAUUACAGGCAGGGGCUCUGCCCCGAACCUGUUUCUCCACACCCCUGCGGGUGUGAGGGCCCACAAGUUAAGGAGCUACGCUAGUUCAGUAUAGCAUGCGACCAACAACUUAUCUCUUGAAGAGAAAUAGACAAAAUGUCGACCAAUGGCGGCGGAGUUGUCCCAGUCCCAUUUCUUUCGCCGCAACACAAAAAAAGAGCUCCGUAUAGCUUUAUAUAUAGUGAUAAGGUGUACAGAUGGAUGGAUGUGUUUGUCACUCAAUCAGUUCAGAACGGCUGAUUGGAUCUGGAUCAAAUAAAUAAAGAGAUAGGUAGGAUAUAAUUUGGAAUAGGACAUGGUACUUUUAUCCCUAUACUCCUUAGUAGGGUAGAAUUGGGGGUUCUGCAUCACUUCUCGCUUCGCUCGAUUGAUGCAAAACCCCCAAUGUUUUUUAUCGGCUGAUGUAGAAGCCCCAAUAUGGUUUACUAAUGAUCACAAUACCCGAUCCCAUUACACAUGCGUUAGUCCGCGCGAAUAGCGCAUCGGAGAUCUGAUAUUAUGUUUAGUCAGAUGCUUGAAACACACAAUAAAAUUACAAUGUUUCAUUGGAUAUCGUACACGCGAUCGAUCUGAACAAUUAAAAUAAAAUUUCUUUUAGGUUUACACUGCACGUUAUGUCGAUGCAAACCUAAACAUAAAGCGUGUAAAGACAUAGACUGAUUUUUCACUGCUUAAGCGUUAUGACAAAUAAAUUCUAAUCACAUUAACGAUUUCUGUUCUACAUAUUGGACAAAGCAUAUUAUUUAAAGAUAGUGCACAUUUUGCACAUGUUAUAGCGUGACCGCAAGGUCUAUAGCAGACCGUCACUUCAUUGUCAAAACAAAUUUUGCAGAAAAGUCUGGAUUUUUUCACAUAUUCGACAGACUCAUUGACAUCAGCUUUUAAACAUAUUUUAUUAUUGUGUGCACACCUUUCAUGGUUUUCAGUUAUUUCACAUGACUCGUUGAUAACUCUUUGAACAUAUUCUUUACCCUUCAUGAGUAAAACAUAGGGACAGAACUGAAACCAUCGAGCGUGUUCAGACCACGGCAGAUCCUCACGACUCCAGUCCUUGAGCUUGCCUCCACAAAAAUAACAAAUUACUCCAUCGUUUAUACCUGUAUAAAAAAAACCGGCACUCGCCAUUUCUUCAGGGCUCUGAAUUAAAUCUUGGGGCCAAGUUUUAAAACUAUUUAAGCGUGCACUUUGUGUAGCAUAACUAUGGUAUUCAGGAUGAAACGACAUCUCUGUACAAAUAUACUCGUAGUAAGUAGCUUAAUGUUACAGUUGGAAAUGCUUGCAAAUUUGCGUUGGUUAAGAUGAAUGUCUAGCGUGCUAAUAGUUAUUUUUCUUUCUUAUUACAUGUUAUAUAUAAAUAUCCUACAGUAGGUACUUUAUAAAAUAUCAGCUACAUACUUUUUUAAAAAAUAUAUUAUAAGUGAAAGAGUUCAGAUGUUUUCAGUUUCAUGCUGCAAACAGAGAAAACCAAUAUACGAAUAUUUAGAACCAUAUUAUGCCUAAUGAUUUUUUAAAUUUAAAAUUAUUAAUGGAUGUAAUUUGUAAUGCAAUAAAUAAACUUCACUUCAAAAUGGGAAUAUUUAAUAAAUAAAUGAAAGAAAUCAUGAAAAAAAUUGAAAGUUCUAAGAUUUUUGGUUUCUAUACUAUAAACACUGAAAACCAUUAUAAUAAGAACCGCGACACCUAUGGUUAAAUAAUGCUACUGCCAAAGAUUUUAUAAUAGAGACAUGUCACUAGCGCGUGAAAACUGAGCUGACCAAAAACGUAUUGACCGCAUUCCAUUGAGUCGCAUAGUACAUACAACGAAAGUUACUUAAAUAAAUAAUGUAGCCAUUAUUUAUUUAAGUAACUUUAUACAUAUACAAUGUCGAGUUGUUUGUUUAGUAAUUUUAAAACUGUGUAUACACAAAUAUUUAUAAAGGAAUACACAAAAUAAUUCAUGCGUGCGCUCAGUGGAGUGGUUAAAUUCAGCCUACUUUUGCGAUGAUUUUGUAGGCACGUAACAUGUCUAUAAUUUAUAAUGUCGCUGGCAACUGCCAUAUAAAAAUUUCGUCUCAGAUAUCCGCGACGGAUUGACGCCAGACCACAUUAGGAAAGUUAAAGGUGUGAACAUCAUUGUCAAGCUUCACUUAUUACAUUUUAGUCUUUAUCUAGAGCAUUCAUAAGAACGAUAAUUAAAUAUGAGUUCAAGAAAAUAAUACUCGAUUUUUACUAAAGUGCUACUGUGAAUGUGGGCUUAUGAUUGCAUUGUAUAAAAAGAGAUGCGAGAGCGACAUCAACCAUUUCUGUUAUUUUCAACUGAAGUGUCAAGAGCACCAAAAACCUGUAAGUAUGUAAGUGUCCUUAUUGUUUUUAUAUACCUAGCACAUAAUUGUGAACUCGAUUAACUAUUAUUUAAAAUAGAUCAAAUAUUUUCAUGUAAUAGGUAUGAAAUGUAUUUUCAAUUUGCCUUCUGUAACCAAGGCAGUGGGUUCGACUCCCACAACUGGAAAAUGUUUGUAUGAUGAACAAGGAUGUCUUCCAACGUCGAGAUGUGUUUAAAUAUUAUAAAAGUAUUUAUCUUUGAUUCCAGGUCGACUGUAAGCGGAAACCCUUUCGACUCGGAUAACGAGAGUGGGUCAGUUAAGAAAAGUAAAGUUAAAAAAACAAUUAAGAAGCCUCCUCGAGCCGAAAAGCCCGCUCAAAAGCAGAAGAAGGCUUUACAAUCGGAUUCGGACUCCGAGCCUGAGCAAUCGAAAAUAAUUAAGAAAAGAAGACAAAUUUUAGAUUCAGAGG